AUGAAAAGAUUCACUUUAAAGCGUAAGACGAAUGACUUCACUAUCCACUCUAUUACCCAACGCAAGGCACCUUCCUAUUGCACCGUUGAAAAAUACAACCAGAUUCCAGUUUUCACGGACGUUGAUGGUUGUGCCAGUAACGUAGGUAGGCAUCCGCUUGGCGAGGAGCAAUUAGUGUCGCUAGCGCCGGAAUGUAUUCGAAGGGUGCUUAUCCCAUCAAUGUUUGCAUUUUCCCUAUUUCAGCUGGGCGUAAUCGCUCACGAAGAUUCCAAAGGACAAUUUUUGAAAGAGGAUCCAGAUGAUGUAGAUAAUGCUGGUGUGCCAUAUGAUUACGGUAGUAUUAUGCAUUAUAGGAGCAAAGCCUUUUCUCGUUAUGAUGAUCUCUACACUAUAAGUACCUUUGUAACUGAUUAUCAAAAAACUAUUGGUAAGAGCAAAGCCUUUUCUCGUUAUGAUGAUCUCUACACAAUAAGUACCUUCGUAACUGAUUAUCAAAAAACUAUAGGACAACGGGAUCAACUCUCGUUUAACGAUAUCCGUUUGAUGAACAAGAUUUAUUGUAGCAAUGUGUGCCCAAGGAAGUUACCGUGUCAACGUGGUGGUUAUACGGAUCCAAGGAGGUGCGAUCGAUGUAGAUGCCCGGAUGGAUUUACUGGUCAAUUUUGUGAGCAAGUUAUGCCUGGUUAUGGAGCAGUAUGUGGUGGGAAGAUACAAGUCAAUACCGGAUGGACGAGAAUUACUAGUCCAGGAUACCCGCGAGAAUUUAAAGAGGGUCAGGAAUGCUCAUGGCUUUUGGUAGCUCCACCAGGGCAAGUGGUUGAGAUGCAAUUUGUUGGGGAGUUUGAAAUGUAUUGUAAGGAAUGCUCAUGGCUUUUGGUAGCUCCUCCAGGGCAAGUGGUUGAGAUGCAAUUUGUUGGGGAGUUUGAAAUGUAUUGUAAGGUUCGGCAUUCAUUAUGCAUGGAUUAUGUGGAAGUCCGCAAUUCCACUGACUUUGCUAAUACUGGCAUGAGAUAUUGCUGUUACGGUACCCCCAGGACAAGUAUACGAUCUGCAACUACAGACUUAGUUGUCCUUUUCCGCAGCUUCUACCGUGGAGGUCGCGGAUUUGAAGCAAGAGCUCGUGCGCUUCCAGCGAACGGUCAGUGGGCCCCGUGGAACCCCUGGACACCUUGCACGGCUAGUUGCGGUGCAUGCGGUUCUCGAAUGCGGACUCGUGUCUGUCCCUAUGGAGCAUGCGCGUAUGUAUUAUACACUUCACUUCCUUUUUCCUUCGUCAGCACCUUGUUAGAAUUUCCAUGCAUUUGCACACCAUACAUCAAAUCCAGAAAACUCAUAGCUCACCUAUCACUCUCUUUCCUACCAUUAGGAGAAAUUGCGCUUUCAAACAUGGGUGUGACUACACCCUACGCGCAUAAAGCUGAUGGGUGGAAUGCAAACCUCACAAAUGCAUGAUU